GCCUGUGUGGUAUUUGUGGCAGCCAUGCAUGAUCGUCGGAGAUUUGCAAACUCUGAAUCAAAGUGAACAAUCUCACAUGAUUAACAGUUUUUCCAACAAAAUCGGCAGGAAUUUUUUAUAAUUACAUGUAUAUGGAUUCUCAGAUUAAUGAUUUGGUAAUGUUAUGGAGGAGCAAGUUAUUGAGUUUUCAUUACUAGAUCGGUCUAGUUGUUUCAGCUUUUGUUUUGAGUCUUCUUGUUAUCGGUGCGAACACGACAAUGGGAAGAGAGAUGACUAGCCUGUGAGUUCAUCAGUGAUGUAACCAAAUGCUAUAUGCUGGCUGAGCAACUUCUCAGUGAGGAUGCUACAAAUGAUCUUUGACUCUCCUGAGAAUUCAAUCAUCAAUGGUCCUCGACAUGAUGCAGCGGAUGUCCUGUAAGAUCAUGGUUGUAUCCGUCACCAUACUAUCAAUCUCACUCUUGUAUCUGACCAGGAAGCAUACGUCAUCUUCAGAUUUAGUUGUGCCUCAGGAAUCUAUCUAUGAUUUUAUGAGUAACAAAGAUACACCAUGGAGGAGUGAUGAUGAUGAUUUAUAUGAGAUCCAGCAGAAAGAUGAUUACUAUGGUGUCAUGUUUGAUGCAGGCAGUACUGGUUCUAGGGUUCAUGUCUUCCACUUCCAAGAAACCCCCAAGGGAAUUCCACCAAUCCUAUUAUCUGAAGUUUUCAACUUUACAAACCUCCCCCUUGCACAGUAUGCAGAUAAUCCAGCAGAGGGAGCAGCCUCGAUUAAAGUACUUUUGGAUGUAGCAUUACGAUCAAUUCCAUUUAGUCAUUGGUCAACAACUCCAGUUGCCUUGAAAGCGACAGCUGGUCUUAGACUUAUUCCAGAGAGGAAGGCUAAAGCUCUUCUAAAUGAAGUUUAUGCAAUGUUCAAGAGGUCUUCAUUUCAUGUAGAAACUCCAGAAACCACUGUAGAUAUUAUGAAUGGAACAGAUGAGGGUAUUUUUAUGUGGGUCACCGUCAAUUUUCUCAAUCGUGCACUGAUAAGUUCAACCCCAGAAACAAGAGGCACACUGGAUAUGGGAGGAGGCUCUACACAAGUCACCUUCUUACCUCGGAACGAAGAAACAUUAUCUCAUGAAAUUCAUAAUACCAACAUCAAGACAUACCCAUUCCUUCAUCAUCAAUAUAAACUCUACACAAAGAGUUUCUUAGGUCUUGGACUAAAAGCUGCAAGACUGGAAAUAUUAAAACGAGAGAAGGAAAACCCAAUCUUUGUAGGAUCAAGUGAUACUGAUCAACUUUCUGGCUCAGAAGAGUUUACCAGUGCAUGUCUUCCUCCAUUCACAUCAGGGACAUGGGACUUUGGAGGCAAUAUGUACUCAGUAUCAUCAUCAAAUAUACAUUCUGAAAAUAUAUAUGACAACUGUUUGAGUGUGGUUAAAGCCUUUAUAGAAGAUGCUGUCAUAGUACCAACAGAAAUGCAAGAAAGCUCUUCCUUUUAUGCCUUGUCUUACUUCUGGGAGAGAGCUGCAGAGAUUGAAAAAGUUGAUUGGAAGGAAGGAGGAACAAUGCUAGUGAAAGACUAUAGGGAAGCUGCAAUAAAUGUGUGUUUAAACCAUUCACUAUAUACUGACAAGCCAUUUCAUUGUAUGGACCUUGUAUACCUCAGCUCAGUAUUAUCACAUGGAUAUAAAUUCAGGGAUGAUGUUCAGUUAUUGAUGACAAAUGCAAUUGAUGGCUUCCGUGUCAGCUGGGCACUUGGUGCAACCCUGGAGCUAUUGAGAAAACAUUGGGAACAUCUGAAGAAAUUAUGAUAGGAAUAAUUUGCUAUCAUCCGUAUGACUUAUUUAAAUGCUUGAAAUGUAAACUUGAUUAAAACCUAUAUUCUGUGCAAUUCUUCUUAAGGGCUGAGCUAACCAGUCUGCUGUUGUUUCCAGGUUGGUUGUUUCUAGAAAUGUUUGUAAUGCCUUCCAUACAUUAUAACCCCAUCAAACAGAGAAAAUCUUUAAUUGUCUGUCAUCUUGUCAAACCACUACCACAAGAGAUUGAACAUUAAUGGAAACAACAGGACACUGUGUAUAUUAGGUUACAUACUUACUUGUGCUAUAAACAUUUUUUCUAAGUAAAUAUUACAUCAAUGUAUUGUGGUCUAACUUGUUUUGUCUAUUUGAAAUUAUGUCUAAUUUCCUUUGGAUAAUAACCAGUCAUUCUGAUAUCCAGUUUGACUAGUCCCACUUGAUCUAAUAUACUGGGGUUUAAUUUCAUUCUGCUUAGGAUGAAAUGGUCAUUAUACCUAACGUAAGUGGUAAGUGGACCAAAUGAUAAUUGAGCCCAAGUUAUAAAUUGAUUUUGUGGUCUUUAGACCUUCUGGCAAUUAGACCAAGUACCAGUCACACCAAAUGAAAUUUUGACAAAAAAGGUCUAGCAUUGAUAAAGAACAAGCCCAUCUAAUAAUUUUAGACCAAACAUGUAUGCUACAUGUAUAGCAGUUUUGGGGGGAAAAUGUUUGCCUUGAAACUGGAUCAAAGAGCUGGAGUAUAUUCACAUAAAUAAUGUCUAUGUGAAUUCAGGGUCUUAUAAAACAUGCUGCACAUUUACAGAAUCCUGCAUUGCCUUUGUCAACAUUUUGAGGAUCAGAAGAAUAUAAAAUGUUAGUGUGUGUUUUUUAUGAAAUUGCUUCUCUAUGCCCUUUGAAUUAUGAUAAUUUUUUCAUACAUUGAGGUUUUACAUGUAGAUGUAAUUUAUUUACACUGUCCAUUUUGAAUUUUUAUUGUCAUGUAUACACACUCAGCUCAGAUUUAGAUGAGGGCAAUUUUCAAGGCAGAGUGUGUAUUUUGCAUGUUGAUUUUGGGAUAUAGAUUUUUUUUUUAUUAAACACUUUAAACCGACUUCUAAAUUUCUUAUGUAUUUCUCUGGUUUUUUUUACUUUUUGUUUUUCAUUGUUUUUUCAAUAGAAUUUGAUGGAGACUUUAUUUUGACCAUUAACAAGAUGAAAUUAGUUGAUUUUAAUCAGUGAAAGGAAAAAUAAUGAUACAUUCAUAUGCAUUUGUACACAAAUUCACAUUUUUUUGCAAUUUUGGGUCUGCGUGCACUUACGUAAUGUUGUGUCCUUAUGGAACCGUGUUCCCGGGGGCCGCAAUUUUGGUCUCAAAAAUUGUGCGAGACUUGAAAGUAAAAAGUCAUUAAGCGACGCGGUCAAAAAAAUUUGCGCGGCGGAUUUAUCGCAAAAAUUUCGAGGAGGGGCUGAUUCAGCCCCCAUCCCCGUCUUAUCAGGGUUAAUAGUAGUGACUUUUUUCAAUUUGUUUUUGAGAUGCCUAUAAUUGUGCAUCAGAUAUAGCAAGGCAUCAGAUUAUGUGUGAGUAUGGUACAGCCUUUGAAAUAAAAAUUACACAGCUCUAAGAGGUUAAAUACCAACAUUAGAAAAAACGACAAUUAUGCCUGUAUUGAAUGAUUUAAAAUCAGAUGUCAAACUACAUGUUGUUAUGUAUGGUCAGUGAUUAUUGCUGUAUUUCAAAUAUAGAAUAUCUAUGCUAUACAUGCAAUGUUUAAUCACUCUUUAAUCUGGUCAGGCAAUAGAAACAUGAUUUAUAUUUGACUAAGUAUUUAUUUCCUGCUUUUGUAGUUCUUUAUCCUUUUGAUAUUUUGUGUAUUUAUUACAUGUAGUAGAAACUUACAGUACUUUUUUUUAUGUUUCAAAUCUGUCAAUAUGUGUUGAUUUAUUGCAAAGUUUAUUAUUUGAUAGAUUCACACUCCAAUGUCUUAAGGUUAAAAUUACAGCCCCCACUACCACUGCCAAUGUACACAGAUGUAAAUGGGAACCAAUUUGCCUACACAUUCCCUGCCAGCCUUAGAUCAUGGACCUAGGUCCAUGCUUAGAUAAAGGUUGUAAUAUUGAAAGCCAAGGGGCAUUACAGAAUAAUUGGUAGACUCAAGUAUUUUUGCUACAGUGGUAUAUUAUGAUUAAUGUUUUUUAUUAUAGAGUAUGUGCUUACAGUGCUGAAAGAACUCUCUCUGCCUUUGAUAUAAUUGCAUAGUCUGAGAUAGACAUAAGAGAGAGAGAGAGAGAGAGAGAGAGAGCAAAAGAGAGAAGUGAUGAGGAGGAGGAAGGAGCUAUGAAUAGUAUGUUACCUUACAGUAUUAUGCCAAAAUAUAUAAUGUUUUGUCUCUUUUUAAGAGCAGUGAGGAUUGGAUUUUAUUUCAUUACACUGUAUUUUAUAAAUGUAGUUAGAUCUGUAAUGUACUCUUCAUGAUAUCAGACAUUGCCUACUUUUUUUAAAGUACAUAGGAAGCAUGACUUUAUAGUCUCUUUCUUGGCAUUUUCCAGACUGAUAUUUUUAAAUGUAAAUUGUGUACUGGUAUUAUACAUUCUAUUUUUCUUUUGAAUUGUACUAAUUUAUUUUUUUUGAAAUAUUUGCUGAAAAGAAAAAAAACUGUAAUAUAAUUACAGCUCUUUUACACAAUUA